CAAUCACAAUAAGAGAAAAUCCGCCGGUGCUGAAAAUUAAAGUAAUACACAUAAAAUGCUGGAGGAGCUCAGAAGGCCAGACAGCGUCUGUGGGGAGAAAAAAAAGUAAACAGUGGAUGCUGCCCAGCCAGCUGGUGUUGGAAGAGGAGAAUUAACAAAUGGUGAAGCUUCAAAUGCAACAUCACCCCUCUGAAUUUCAUUGGGAUCUGAGUAUCAUCGUGUUAAUUGUGGAAGGACAAAAUGUAUGUCUAUGUUGCCACUGAGAAAACAUUUUAAAUAUCAAUGUGAUUGGAGAAGUUUCAGGACCACAGAAGAGUGUUCUAGUGCAGGCGUGGGGGAAGGAGUUUUAACAUUUACACUCCUGAGAAAACACUACCCACUGAAUGGAGAAAAGCCCUGUGUGUGUCACUGUGAUGUGAACUGAUCAUUCAUCAUGGAGAAACACAAAGAUACUUGCAGCAGGAAGAAGCCCUGGAAAUGUGGGGACUGUGGAAAGGGUUACAAUUCGCCUUCUCAGCUGGAAAUUCAUCGACGCAGUCACACUGGGGAGAGGCCCUUCAUCUGCCCAGAGUGUGGGAAGGGGUUUGCUCAGUCCGUCAGCCUCGUAGUGCACCAGCGGCUUCACACCAAUGAGAAACCAUUCAGUUGCUCUCAGUGUGGAAAGAAGUUCCGGUCUUCAUCCAACCUGAUUGAGCACCAACGAGUUCAUACCGGGGAGAAACCAUUCACCUGUUCUGAGUGUGGGAAGGGAUUCACUUGCUCUUCACAUCUCACUGAUCACAAGCGUCGUCACACAGGAGAGAAGCCAUUUGUCUGUUCUCUGUGUGGGAAAGGAUUCAAUAAAUCAUCUCACCAUCUUAGCCACCAGCGACUUCACACAACCGAGAGACCAUUCAUCUGCUCAGUUUGUGGAAAGGGAUUCACUAGUUCAUCUCAACUUCUGAUCCACCAACGAAUUCACACCAAAGAGAAGCCUUUCAGUUGCUCUGUGUGUGGGAAAUGCUUCACAUGCUCAACAAACCUCACUUCACACAGUCGUGUUCACAAUGAAAACAGGCCUUAUAAAUGUUCUGACUGUGAGAAGAGCUUUAAAACCAGAAGAGAUCUGAUGUACCACCAACGUACUCACACUGGGGAAAAGCCUUUCACUUGCACUGAAUGUGGAAAGGGCUUCGCUCGUACAUCCACCUUGCGAAAACACCAGAAAAUUCACCAGUGACUUGUGAGAAUGAAAUGUUUGCUUUGUUAGGAUGUCAGAUAUUAAUGUGUUGCUGAUUCAGGGUUAAGUUUAAGAAAGAGAAAGAAUAUAAUCGGUGUUUCUAAUUACAUUCCAAUGAGAUAAAUGAAUUUUAAAAAGGGUCAUUGUUUUGCUCAGGUAACAUGCACUUGUAAGUAAAUGAAUUCAGCUCACGAAUAAUUGUUAAAGAGAAAGGUGGAUGAUUAGUGGAUUAAAGCUGAGUAUAUCCACCUCUGAGUGUCACGCUUUUAAUUCAUUAACAAGGUAAAGAUCUUUAAAUGACCCAGUUCUGUUGUUAACAAGGUUAUAAACAGAACAAAUGUACAUUUUUCAAAUUCAGUGUGAGUGCUGAGGGCAGUCCUAGUGUUCUGGUAUGGAACUGGGGCUUUGGUGCAUCGCGUCCAAGCUGACCAUCGAACAUCCGUUUAUACUAAUUGCAUUUUUACUUUGCUGCAACCCCAUCUAAAGAGGGAGGGGAAGCAGCCAGAGGUCUUCAUAAAUAUCGGCACCAAAGACAGAGAUAGAAAAGGUGAGGAGAUCCUGAAGAGAGACCUUGGGUAGAAAGCUGAAAGGGAGAUCUGGGAAGAAAGCUGAAAUACAGGACCUCCAGGAUAGUCAUCUCUGGAUUGCUUCCCAUGCCACGUGUCAUUGAGGGUAAGAAUAGGUGAUUUGGCAGGUGAAUGCCUGGCUGAA